AUAACUUGGAUUUCUUCAAUAUUGAUAAUGAUUUUGGUGUGAAUAAUAAUAAGAGUUUUAUGAGUAUCGAUAUGAACUAUAAUGAAAGUUUUAUGAGUAUCGACAUGAAUGAUAAUGAGAUCUCUGAAGAUUUUUACAACGAUGAAGGGAUGGAUGAUAACAUGAAUCAGAAUUAG